AUGGAAAUGGAGAAGAAGAAGGUGAAAUUAGUAUUAAGGAUGCUGCUGUUACUGCUGCUUGUUCUUGUUGGUAUUGUGAAGGCUAAUGAAGAAGCAGCAAAUAACAUAUAUUCAGAAACAUCAACACCAAAUCCUCCAAACUCCUAUUGGGAAGAAGUUCGAAAGGUGGUGAAUAAAGCCUACACCUAUCUGUUUCCUCCAAAAAUAGAUUUCCGACCAGGAAAGGCUGUAGAAGAUGAUUCUGGAGUGAGUGUGAAGAAUGGGAAUGUUAAUGUGAAGGAAGCUGUUACAAAGAGCUUCGAAAAGACGAAAGAAAUGGUGGAGGAUUCCGCUAAAGCUGCCGCCCAAACGCUUCAAAAACCACCACCCCAUUCCGAACUCUAG